AACAAAUAUUUACGAUCUUUAAAUAAUUUAGCGGAUGUUAUGUUUUGGUGAGUUUGAUGUGUAGAUCUGUGGGAUUUUGGACGGAGCGAGUGUCUCCUUAAAGGGGGCGUGUGCUGACGUCACAGCGGGGAGGCGCAGGUGACCUUCUCUCUUUUUCUUUCCUUUUUUUUUUCCUUCGGUGUGUGUAACCUCUUCACAGUGUGGCGUCACUUCACUUCACAACAGUGUCCUUGCUGCGAGAGAGAGAGAGGGAAGAGGGAAGUUCAUCCGAAAUCAGACGGGACCUCUAACACCGGCGAUCAAGGACACGGAGCAUACUGAGAGUCCAGCGCGCGCACAUUUCACUCUCCUCUCACCUUGAGCCGCGUGACCUACACACUGACCACACUGGUUUAUUUUAUAACCGGGGAAUAAACCUAAACCGAGUCAGACCCGGCAGACCCUCAGAUCUUCAGCUCGUGCGCAAACCGGGAAUUUCAUUACUUGCACAGACCUCGUGGGAAACGUUGCAGCGUGUGUGUGUAUGUGGCGGUGCUUCAAAGAAUCUCGAGCUCUCGCAUGAUGUACACAAUUACCCGAGGCCCGAGCAAACUAGUUACACAACGUAGAACAGGUCCCACACAGCAGCAGAUCGACAGUAAAGCCACUGACUUGAAGCACAAACGGAGCCACUGGCUCGAGUCCAACUCGCCUGCCCCGAAAAUUGUAUUUCAGCGCCUGAACACGAAGCGCUUUCUCAGGUCCACCUCACCCAAGGAGGAAGACACGGCUGAAGGCUUCACACCAGCACACGAGGAGAACGUGCGAUUCGUCUACGAAGACUUUGUGCCUAUCGAUCUGGAGGAGUGGUGGGCGCAGCGCUUCCUGGCCACCAUCGCAAACCCGUCGUGACAGGUGCAGGACAGGGGAAGCAGUGGGGGAUUGUGGGAGCUGGACUGGGUUAUGGUGGAUGUGGGGGAGGGGAGGGGGUGUGAGGGUCCAGGCUGAUGCUCUAAGGUGAGCCCAGGGUGUGUUUUCAGAGUCCAAGUGGCCAGACUGCACUACAGACACACAAUAGACAGAGAGAUGUGAGAUUUUCAUUCUGCUGCUGUAACGUUGUCCGAAUGUUGUAACGCGUAUCGUUACAGCGAGCUGAAAUGUGACAUCUUUUUUUCUGGUUGAUCUUUGCAUAAAAAAAAUGGAAAAAAAAAAUAUGGAAAAAAAACCCAGUAAAUUGUAUUUCGAGA